AUGGCGAUAACCAUAGUACUUCUGGUGCUGGUAGCUGGCGCUUUUCAUGGUGUCGCUGCUGCGCGGCCAUUGCAUGGAGAUAAGCAGAAAUGGCGAGGAGAAAGCUUUCUGCGGAUUCAUCAGUCUCUCCAGAGAGGUCCAGUUACGCCGUCUAAACCUUCCCCUUGCGGCCACACUCCCGGCGGAACCGGCCACUGUCCAUUAAUGAACGAAAUGAACUAG